AUGCCGCAAGAUAACACCAGGAUCUCAGAUAGCAUCAAAAUCCCAGACGAGUUUGUUAAGCUACUGAUACUUAGCCAGGCACAUCUUGGAGGAACCUCCACAAACAAGAACUUUUCCAGGUACAUGUACGGUACAAGGUCUCAAGAUAAGAUUAGCAUCAUCGAUAUCAACGCAAUGUGGGAGAAACUCAUCAUUGCAGCAAGAGCCUUCUGUGGAAUAAAGCAUCCCUCUAGCAUUGCUGUUGUUUCCACAAAAACGUUUGGAAGAAAGCCUGUUGUCAAGUUUUGCGAGGCUGUUGGUGCGACUCCAAUAACAGGAAGGUUUAUUCCCGGAUCAUUUACAAACUCAGAGGUAAAGAGGAUGUACGAUCCAAGGCUCCUUAUUGUCUCCGAUACAUAUGCUGACAAACAGGCCAUCUUGGAGUCACAGCACUGCAACCUUCCUACAAUUGCAUUUGUUAAUGCAGAUAAUUCCUUGGUGGGAGUAGACAUUGCAAUUCCCAUGAACAAUAGGUCGCCGUCUGCAAUUGCUGCGGGGUUCUUCAUCCUGUCCAGGCUAAUCAACUACAUGAAGACAGGGGCUGAGCUUGUUCGAGACAUGAAGGAAGUUGAGCUUUUCCUGUUUAGAGACAGUGUUGAGCUUGAGCAACUUGUUGAGGAGCAGCUCAUGGACUCGGCAAACAACAUCCUCAAUGUUGGAAAGGAAGAAGUUUUAAGCAACAUGGUUGGAGGAAGUGUCGAAGAAUGGAAUGGUUUCUAG